UCGCAUGUCGUUUGGCUUGCUUGACACCGCCGACGGUUGUGUUUACAAGACAAUUAAGAGUAGUGCUUGUUGAUUGACUGUCGUCUUAAGUGCUCAAAUAAAAAAUAAUUUAUUCGUAAAAAAAAUUAAAACAACGUGCAGUAUAACACCGAAAAUGACGGUUGAUGACGGAAUAGAAAGAAAUGAAAGCAAGGAAACAAUAAAGAAUUUCUAUUUGGAUUUUGAAAGCGCCAAAACGAAGCGGCUAGAAGAGAAUCAAAACAAAGGCUUCGUUUUCAAAUUGCUGGACAUUUUACCAUCGAAGCGAGAGUUGAAACAAUACAUUGGAGUUAUUUUAUUCGGGAUAAUACUUUGGGCUACAUUAUGGUUCGUCUUUCAAGAGGCUGUGAUGCCGGGUUCCAGUAUUUUCAACUUGUCUGUUAUGGUCGCAGCGGGAUAUGCGUUUGGUCAUACACUGGAAAGAUACACGACCAUCAAUGCAAUGGCUGGAAUGACUCUAGUGGGUGUUCUGUUUAAAAUUUUUGGAAAUACCAACUUUAUUGAUGAUCCUAUCGCAGACACAAUCGAUUAUCAUUUGAGACGAAUUUACCCCGUUCUCAUAUUGACGAAAGGACCUCUCGGUUGGAAUUGGCCAUAUAUAAGAAAUAAUUCGAUGAAAGUUUUUCUACUGGCAACUCUACCCUGGAUCGUGGAAUGUUUGUCUACGGCCAUAUUUACUCACGUUCUACUCGAAUAUCCUUGGUAUUGGGGUAUACAUUUAGGUGCUAUACUGGCAUCGGUAUCACCAGCUGUCGUAGUACCAACAGUGAUGGCUUUCAAUGCAAAAGGUCUGGGCACAAAGAACAAGAUCGCACUGCUAGUGGCGAACGCCGGCGGUCUGGACACAGCGUUCACAGAAGGCAUGUUCGGUGUCAUCAACAGCGCUAUUUUUUAUCCUUCACCGCCAGCUUAUAGGAUUGUUAAGGCACUUUUGGCCAUUUUUGUUGGGAUCGGCAUAGGCAUUGGCUGGGGUAUACUUUGUGACGUUCUGCCGGAUCAUAAGGACCCUUAUGCUGCGACGGUACGAAGUCUUCUCAUUUUCGCGGGAGGUCUUUUGCUUACAUACGCCGGUGGAUAUCUCGGAUGGGGAGGAACGUCUGGAGUAGCGAUUAUGAUUUGCGCGGGUACGGCCGCGACCCGGUGGGCCCGACGCGACUGGCCCAUCAACGACAACCCUGUAGCCACGGUGUAUAAAGUGCUUUGGUUAAUCUUCGAACCGAUGCUCUUCACAUUGAGUGGAUACUUUCUUGAGGUCGCAGAAUUGACGCUUGUAGACCUAGGGUUGAUUGUCGGAUGUUUAUUUCUGGCGCUACUAAUGCGGCUGAUGGCGGCAUUUCUGAUAUCUGUUGCAAACAGUUUAUCAGUAAAGGAAAGUUUAUUCGUUGCUGUCACGUGGAUACCCAAAGCAAUUGUAGAGGCAGUGUUAGUACGAGUGGCUACCGACUCUUUGUGGAAGGACGGAGCGACCGAACAAGAUAAGGGAAUCGCAAAGCAGCACGGGAAUAUAAUCAUUAUUGCAAUACUCAUAAUGACUAGUUUGGGUUCGUGUCUCACUACUAUUUUAGGCCCAGUUCUAUUGUCACAGGAUUCCAAAAUAAGGGACAGUGAGUUUCAUCAAACACCGAGUCCAAUUCAACCCCAAGCAUAUGACGUCACAAGGAGAAAAAAUACUAAUACAUCAGUUCAUUUUAUAGAUGCGUAACUACGUAAAGACGGUGCUUCAUUACGUAGAAUUUUAAGUAGUAAUAUAGACAUUAGUUUAAUUAAUUAAAA